AUGGUGACGAUGCUCAGAGUCAAAGCUGAGAAACUCGUCUCAGUGGUGGAAGGUCACCUCUUACAAGCUUCAGGUCCACGUGUGUGUGUGCUGCUGCUGUCUGCACCGACUGUUUCUGCAGUGUCUCUGUCUGUCAGUCCAAACCUUCAGCAGGUCUUCAGUGGAUCUUCUUCAGUGUAUCUGAGUUGUGUUGAUGAUGGACAGACAGCUGAUGGAUGGACAGUGAAGAGGACCAGAGGAGGACUCACUGAGGACUGUGGAGCAGCUCCAGGCUUUGGGUGGCUUCUUGGUUCCUACUGUGUUGUGGAUCUUUCUGCUCCCAGUGAAACCUUCUGGUGUGAGGACUCCUCUGGACAGCAGAGUGACAGAGUCUCCUUCAGUGUCCAAUCAGACACUACAGGUGUCAUCCUGGAGAUCCCUGCACUUCCUGUGAGGACAGGAAGUGAUGUCAUUCUGCGCUGCAGACAGAGGAAUGGUGCCACAGUCGCAGCUUAUUUCUUCAUCAAAGGAAGUUCUGUUGGUCCUAAACCAAAGCACAUCAUCACUAACAUCACGCAGGCUGAUGAAGGUCUCUACUCAUGUGCUACUGAUGAGGGUGGAAAGUCUCCUCAGAGCUCUCUGAGGGUCAGAGGUCAGAACACUGACAUCACUUCCUGUUUAAAAGCUGAUGUAACACUGUGA